AUGAAUAAAGCCUUUAUAAUUAUUCCCGUUCUCUGGGCAUCAAUAAUCAUUGUGAUUGUGGUUUCGCGUCUCUUCUGUGGAGGACGUAGUAGGGUCGGAGUUGAUGGUAGAAAGAAUCAUGGUGCUGGUCAUAUUGAUGGAGGAGGCGGAGAAGGCAUAGGCGGUGGUGAUGAUGGUGGGGGCGAUAUUGAAACUGGAGGGGGAGGAGGAGAUUUUGCUGGAGGUGGAGGCUGGGACGGUGGUGGAGGAGGUGGAGGUUGGGAUGGUGGCGGAGGAGGAGCUUUCAGUGGUGGUGGUGGUGGCGGAGGAGAUUUUGGUGGUGGUGGUGGCGGUGGCGGUGGUGGUGGAUGUGGUGGAGGGGGAGGAGGGGGAGGAAUUUAG